AAGAUUAGAAUAAAUUCCACCAAGUGAGAACAUCCAAAAUACUUUGUCUUUUUUUGAACCAUUAAACCUCGGAAUAAAGAUCAAUUGGCUGUUUAUCCAAAGCACUAUCACGUUUAUCCCAUCCUUUAUCUACCUUUUUCUUCAUUCGUUGCGCUUUGUCUUCUCUAUAAAGUUCUCCACCUUCUUCUCAUAUCACAGGUAGUUACGCUUUUUUACUCCGAUUUGUAUUUCUCUCCCGUGUUUCCUCACCGGCGUUUCAUCAAUCGUUCUGUCGCCGAUCGGCAAUGGAGAUCGAUCUCUCUCCAAAGCAGUCUCAGAAGGUGUAUGGAGGAGAUGGUGGAUCCUACUACACAUGGUCGAGCUCCGACCUCCCCAUGCUCGCAGAAGCCAAGGUUGGUGGGGCCAAGCUCCUCCUUCAGCCCCAUGGCCUCGCCCUCCCCAGCUACUCCGACUCUGCCAAGGUCGCCUAUGUCCUCCAUGGGAAAGGGAGGGCAGGGAUAGUGAUGCCGGAGGCGACGAAGGAGAAAGUGGUGCCGCUCAGAAAGGGUGACGCCCUCGCCCUUCCCUUCGGUGUCGUCACCUGGUGGUUCAACGACGGCGACGGGGAGCUCGUCGUCCUCUUCCUCGGCGACACCUCCAAGGCCCACCGCUCCGGCGAGUUCACCAACUUUCUCCUCACCGGCGUCGGCUCCCUCUUCCACGGUUUCUCGACGGAGUUCGUGAGCAGGGCGUGGGACCUGAAGGAAGAGGAGGUGGAGAAGCUGGUCAAGGCCCAAAAGGGGCAGGGGAUCGUGAAGCUGAGGGAAGGGCAGAGCCUUCCCGCUGCGUCGGAGGAGGACGCCAAGGGGAUGGUGUUCAACUGCGAGUCGGCUCCGUUGGAUGUGGACGUCAAGGGCGGCGGCCGCGUUGUGGUGCUGACGGACAAGAACCUGCCGCUGGUUGGGGAGGUGGGGCUGGGCGCCGACCUGGUGAGGAUCGACUCUGCCUCCAUGUGCUCUCCUGGCUUCUCCUCCGACUCGGCCUUCCAGGUGACGUACGUGAUAAGAGGGAGCGGGAGGGUUCAGGUGGUGGGGAUCGACGGGCGGAGAGUGCUGGAGACGAGGGUGAAGGCCGGCUGUCUCUUCAUCGUUCCCAGAUUCUUCGUUGUCUCCAAGAUUGCCGACGGCGAUGGCAUGGAGUGGUUCUCCAUCAUCACCACCCCACAGCCGGUGUUCAGUCACUUGGCGGGGAGGACCUCAGUGUGGAAGGCACUGUCCCCGCAGGUGCUGGAGGCAUCGUUUGACGUGUCUCCUGAGAUGGAAAAGCUCUUCAGAUCCAAGAGGACCUCCGAUGCCAUCUUCUUCGCACCACCAAAUUAGGCAUCCAUCGCGGAAGGGCCAACUCCAGUUCCUGCCAUCUUCUUCUAGGCGUCUUCCGCUUUGUUUUGCUUUGUUUCUCUCCUAAUAAUGAUGGCAAAGAUUUUGUUAGUGAUGAUGAUCCCUUUUGGUGCUUCUCUUCCGUCCUAGCCAGCAGGUGGUUUUUUUCUCCUUCAGCUUGCUUGACUUGACAAUGUCGCUCAAUAAAGCCGCUUGCUUUCUCCAA